GCUGGCUCUGGCGCCACGCGAUAGCCGUGUUAGAAUUAGAUCAAAGAAGAAGGUUGUGUAGUGCAAAAGAGAGUGCAGAAGUCUAAUAUAUAUUCUAAUAGAUAUAUAUAUAAACGAAGAAAACAAAAUAAUUUCACGGAUAUUGGAAUAACAUUGAGAUCGAAAGAUGACGUCUCGGAUGAAAGUCUUUUGGACUUUUGUACGUCAUUAUGCUGCACCAAAGAGUUGGAAGCCAGAUGGUGUGAAAUACGGAUAUGUUACAUAUUAUCCAAAAAGCCCGAAUCAUGUUGAUCCAAGUAUCACACCAAGUAAACUUCUAAUGGUAACAUUAGUGAAACCUUAUAUGGGUAAUCCUUAUUAUCUAAAGGAUAUACUUACAAAACAAUUACGUCUUAAAGAACGGGGAAGAGAACCUGUAAUUGUUAAGAACACACCAGAGAAUUGUGCCUUACUUUGGAAGGUAAAGCAUUUAGUGAAAAUUGUUCCCAUAAAAUUGCCCGAAAAGUUGCCAACAGCAGAUGAUUUGAAUGGCACAUAUUUACACGAGAAUGGCACAUUUUAUGUCAUACCGAAAGUAGAUCCUGCACGUUAUGAAGCCACAGAAGAGUAUAUAAACGACCCGAAGAAGCUAAAUCGCAAUCUUAUUUCAGAAAAAUUGAGACUUAAAUGGUUAUCACAGUAAAAUAAAUACUAUAAUGUUGUUCAAUAAAAUAAAAUAAAAUUGCCAA